GGGAUAUACCAGUUGCUCUUUCCUUCUACGGAAUGGAUAAAUAUAGAUGGUACUGUACCACAUUUUAAGUUUCUAUAGAAUAAAUAUAGUGGUAGAAUAACGAUGUGGUUCCUUAAUUUGUUGAUUCUUUUGUUAAUCAAAGUGAACAAUGGACAAAGAAAUGUUCCGGGUAAAAUCACAGGAAUUCCAUCAUCACCGCAUGAAGUCUUGAUGCAGGAAUUCAAACCAAAAAUUGAGGCCCUCAAAAUCAUCUUGACGAAGGAAGUUGAGAAUAUGGAUAGGCAGAUUAGACUAGCUCAGAACCUAGUCCAAGACAACAUCAUCACUUCAAGAAGCAUCGCAUCCCAGAAAAUCAAGGAGUUGAAAUCAGCUAUUGCAGCAGCCAAAGAGGAAGCAAAAUAUGCCAGUCCAGAGGUCAAAUUGUGCGUCAGCAUGCAAGAACAUGAAUCUCCAAAGAGCUUUGUCGUUCCAACAUUCAACUGUUUUUCAAAUAACGCUGAAUUGUUGGCCGUCAAAACUAAAAUUGGAAAAUUGCAAACCAUCACGAGUCAACUGUUAUCCAACUGUCAACAAUUGCAUAUGGAUGACUCUGAUAAAGACGUCAACUUACUCAGAAAAUGUUUGACAGAAAAAAGCGAUGAUACCUACAGACAUAUUUCGAGGUUCAGAGACGAGUACGAUGCAGCUUUUGGAAAUGUUAUAAAGAAAUCUUUGCAAUGUUUUAUUCAAGGAAACUUUGAAACUUUCAAGGGUAUUGGAGGUGUUAUGAGCAACCUGAGAAAUUGUAAAAAUUUCAAUAAUUAUAGACUUCAGAAGCUACCCUGAAAACAAUUA